UAAAGUAUUUUUAUUUUUAUCCUACUAAACAGUUACUACACGUAAUUUAUAAAGGUAUGGAGGAGCUCAGAAAAGUGGAGCGCAAGAGAAAACGAUUUUCUAUUCGCUUAAAAACUUCCAAAGGGAUUACCUGCACGGAUACUCCAAGUCCGAAUGUCGUCCUGUGUAACGUCGGUCAAGCAACAGGCUUUGAUAAAGAAUCCUUGUUACAAUUAAUAUCGCAGCUUCCAGAAAAUGUGCAAGUAUCUAAAUUCAUUGCUGAAAAGGGUGAAUCAUAUUCGUUUGUAGUUUUCAACAAUGGAACCAGUGCAAAAAUAUUUUUUGAAAAGUUUAAUGGAAAAAGUUGUAAUGUAGACCGCACAGUUGUUUAUAUGAGCUAUGUAGAAGAUGUACCAAAGAAUGAAGUUGUAUGUCCAGCGGUAAACCCACAAGGUUUGCAUUUAUUAGAAAAUUUCAUCAGUGAUGAAGAGGAAAUGUUGCUUAUCAAUUUAUUUGAUUGGGUUGAGGAAGCCAAUCUGAAGAAUCGUCAGGUGAAACACUAUGGAUAUGAGUUUAGAUAUGGAAGCAAUGAUGUAGACUUGAGUGCUCCUCUGUCAGAGAAGAUCCCACCAGAAUGUGAUAUUCUGUGGCAAAGAAUCAGAGAGUCUGGGUUCAACAUUGAUACUCCUGAUCAAUUGACGGUAAACAAGUAUAGCCCAGGCCAAGGUAUACCAUCCCAUGUGGACAGACAUAGUCCAUUUGGUUACACCAUCCUGUCACUCUCGUUGGGGUCUCAAGUGGUGAUGGACUGGAAACGUCAUAGCGGAGAAUAUAUACCAGUAGUUGUUCCAGCUAGAUCCCUACUGAUUAUGACAGGUGAAGCUAGAUAUGACUGGCAACAUGGUAUUCAACCGCGGACCUGGGACCCCAUUAUAGAGAAAAGGUUGCUCGACAAGGAAGAAGUUAAAGUAAUAACUAGUGACACAGAGCCGAGGGGAACUAGAAUAUCUCUAACAUUCCGCAAAACUAGGCAAGGACCAUGCGAGUGUGGAUACAAGGUGCUUUGCGAUAGCUCCGGUGCAAAAUCAGCUGAUGAUAUUGAUGGUGAACUGGCGUCCAAUUUGGAGGAAUUGCAUGUGCAUCAGGUGUAUGAACAAAUAGCUGGACACUUCAGUUCGACGCGACACAAGCCUUGGCCAAAAGUCAUAGAAUUUUUAAAAAGCACCCCUGUUGGCUCCAUAGUCUUUGACUUAGGUGCAGGAAACGGAAAGAACAUAUUAAAAAGGACAGAUAUUGCUCAGAUAGCGUGCGAGCGCAGCGUAGGCCUGGUGUCGGAGUGCGGCGCGCAGUGCGCGGGUAUGUGCGCAGGCGCAGUGCGGCUCGACAUACUCACCGCGCCGUUGUGCGACGCGCGCGCCGACCGAGUAAUAUGUAUUGCGGUCAUACAUCAUUUCAGCAGUCACGCCAGACGACUGCAAGCCGUCGGUACAAUCGCGCGGCUAUUGCGGCCAGGUGGACUCGCCUUAAUCACAGUAUGGGCGAAGGAUCAGAAGAAGUCCUCCUACCUCUGCAAAAGCAAGGAAAACCAGGAUCCAAAAACCCAUGCUACGGUUGGCGGACUUAACUUACCCGUGCACGAAAAUAGAACACAAUUCCAACAUAAUGACCUCCUUGUACCUUGGAGGUUGCGGAGAGUAGUUGACAAGAAAGACGAUAAAAAAUGCGAGAACAAAUUAGGCGAUCCAGACACGACAUUGCUUCGAUAUUACCACGUGUUCGAAGAAGGAGAAUUGGACAAGCUCUGUGGGGCCGAGCUUGUGGUCGAACAAAGUUUCUUCGAGGAAGGCAACUGGUGUGUGAUUUGUAGGAAAGUUUAAAGAACCAAAA